ACAGGUAUAACUCAAAGACCAGAGAGCUCCAUGGCAUAGAGCUUAUACUUAACAUAGGAUUCAUUCCAAGGAGCUCAUCUUUAAUUGACAAGAAGUGUCAUUGGAGCUUACAAGCUGCUGGUCAAGGUUCAUUGGAUUUUACUGAUGGAGCGUAAUGGAUAAUUGUAUUGAUAAGGAAUAUCAAUGUAUGUGCCACACCUAGGAGAUUAAAUGAUAUUUAGUACUGUAUCAAAGGAUUUAGGAUUGUGCUGGUUUAUACAAGAAAAUGUAAUCAAUGUUUAAUAUCUAAAACAACAAAUAGUUUAACCAUUAAACCAUAAAGUGACAAAAAAUCCAGCAAUAUAUUUACAAAACAGAAAAUUCCUAUAGAAAACUAUAAAAAAAAAAGUGGUUUAGAAUUAAUGAGCAAGGAUUUAUUUUAUUUGGCCCUUCAUUUACAAAAAUUAAUUUGAAAAGGGGUAGACUAUAUUACUCAUUGAGAAAAGAUAGUCUUUCUAGAAUGUAUAUAUAUUGACCUGAGAGUGCCUAUUUCCUGUGAUCAUUAUACCGUUGUCAGGGGUAAAAGUUACAUAUAGAAGAAAAUCAAAUAUUUAGCACUGAAAAAUUUAAACUGUAUUGAGCCAAAAUGCAGUAGGAAAAAAAAGAAAAACUUGAUUUUACAAUAAAAUUAGAAUUCUGAUAUAGUGAUUCUGCAAAUGAUUAAUUUAAGGUUAAUAGAAUUAACUUUCAUUUUAUCAGUAUUAAACAAGAAAAGACUGAAGAGUUUGAUAAGUAAGUGAAACCAACAAAUUUCCACUGAACGAAAGGAUCUACGAUGUCUAUGUACACACAACUGAUUUCACUGUGCCUUUUGAAAGCUACUGAUGUGUUACGGAGAUGGUGUCUGUGAUAGUAGGAGAUCUGCUUGUAAAGCAGUGGUCAUUUUAAUCAAUAAAUGACCAUUUGACCACUGGAGUUGUACUUCACACCAAUAAGUGGUCAUUUCAUGUAACAGAUAGACUUUAGGGAAUAUCCAAACAUCUGCUAUGGACUGGAAGUGUUAUUACCCGAGUCUGAAGCCAUUAUUGUCCAGAGGAAGAAGGGCAGGUCUGUUUAACCAAGAAUUUACUUCGAUACAUAUCAUUCUAGGAUUAGUGCUUACGAUUUCAAUUUUCCUCUGGAUUAUACCAGUGGCUGACAUUUUCAUAUUGAUAUUUUCUAUCCCAGGGGCACUAAGCCAGAGCCUAUGAAGUUUUCAGCGUUCGGAAAGCUUGGAAGAUUCCAGGACCAACUUAGGAUGGUGAACCACUCCGGGCGUCGGAAGAACAACAGUGCACUGGCUAUUAUAGCAGAACUCGGAUCGGAAAGUAAUGCUCAUGGGCUCGCAAAAAUAGCAACGUCCACCAAAACAAAGAGAAAAGUCAUGUGGGCUUUACUAGUAAUCGUGGGAUUUACAGCUGCUACUCUUCAAUUAUCGUUACUUGUACGGAAAUAUCUUUUGUUCCAUGUUGUGGAGGUAUCCGAAAUGAAGGACGGAAUGCCUGUGGAGUUUCCCUCUGUGACAAUAUGUAACACUCAUGCAAUGUCAUUGACAAAAUUGAAAGAAAGAUUCAGGAAAGUUCAGGAUUACAGUCAGUGGUUUGAGUUUAUCAACAGAGUGUCGUUUGGUGACCAACAAACGCGUGUAGAAUCCACUCAAGGAUUCUACGAGAACAUGAUGUCUGAAGCGACAAUCAUUGGUCAUGAUAUCAAUGAAAUCCUCAUUCAUUGUCAAUUCAACCAGAAAAACUGUUCGUCAACAAAUUUUACGAAACAUUUUGAUGGAAAAAAUUAUUUCAACUGUUACACAUUCAAUAGUGCUCAAGAUCAGGACCCUAAUAACAAAAUACUUAUGCAUGCAACUGGGCCACAAAACGGUCUUUCAAUGAUUAUUUCCCUUGAUAAUGAUGACCCACCACUAGGUGCCUUCGGCCUGUACAAUAUCCAUGACAACAUUGCCCAUAGCGCUGGUAUACGGGUCCAAGUCCAUGCCCCAAACACCAUGCCAAGCCCCGUCGACCACGGAUUUGAUGUCCCACCUGGAUUUUCUUCAUCUGUGGGAUUAAAAGCUGUCAUGCAUUCCCGUCUUUCAUCCCCACAUGGAAACUGUACCACUGAUAAGUUAAAAGGGAUAAAAACAUACAGAAAUACAAUUUUCUCGUGUCUCUUAUUGUGUAAACAGGAGAUUGUAAUCAAGACCUGCAAGUGUAAAUCUUCCGGUCUCCCAGAUACAGAGGACGCACAAAAUUUUACAUACUGCGGUACGAUUCAUAACUGGCAAGGACGGUACAUGAAUCUCAGUCAGUUACCAAAUAAUGAAAAGGUGAAUUAUAAUUUGGAAAUGUUGAAAUGUGAGGAAGAAACUUUACAUAAACUGGCAAAUGACAGAUCAUACGAAAGAACGUGUAAGUGUUAUCAACCGUGCUCCGAGACUUCUUAUCAAAAGUCACUCUCCCUGUCAUACUGGCCCCUGGAGUUUUAUCAGUUUGAUGCGUUGAAAAAAUUCUAUAAUGGCCGAAUAAAUAAGACAUUCAUGUAUGAAGCAUAUGAUUAUCUGGACAAAAACAUCAAAAAAUAUCUCAGCCUGAGUGAGAAUAUGACUGAAGAGAACCAAAUUAAAAUGCUAACAACAAAUAUUCCACUGGAGGAACGCCAGAAAAUUCUGAGGGCCACCGGCUUAAUUCACCAGAAUCUAUUACGACUAAACAUUUACCUGGAGGAUCUUAGUGUGGUAGAGUUUAAACAGAUGCCAGCGUAUGAACUUGCAGAUUUAUUUGCGGACAUAGGUGGAACUCUGGGUCUGUGGAUGGGUAUCUCUGUACUAACGAUCAUGGAACUUAUGGAACUUGUAAUAAGACUUAUCAUGCUCUUGUUCAAUGCUGAGAACAAGAUGCCCGACCAUAUGGACCCUGUAACCAAUGGCAUGUUGGACCAUACCGACAACUAUCCAGACGCUUAUCAAAAGACAGACUUUGAUGGAUUUGACAGAAAUGAAUAUGGCCAGUCAGAAGGGUUCGAAAGAGGCGACUUCAGAAGUCGAUCAGAAGGUUUUGAGCGGAAUGAUUACGGUCGACCGAUGCGCGACAAUCCACAUGAUUUACCUAUAUGAUGGAAACAAGGACUCUCUUGUGUGGUUAUUUAAUCUCAACAGGUUAAGACCUAUGGAAGUUGAUUGGUCAGUCAACUGAAGCAAGUGGCAGUGCCUCAUCCAAUCAAGAUUGAUUGUGCUGAUAGCGGAGUUGGACCAAACACUGGCAAUGUCUGUGAUAAUGCUUGUUAUUCAACAUGGCAUAUUUACCAUUCACUGGAAUGCACAUCUGCCAGUCCAACAUGUCUGCUUGUGUCAUGGUGUUUACAGCAGAUAAAUACACCAAGUUUAGCGGCAGUGCUGACCACCGGUCACCACUGUCCAAAGGAACGCCUUAUGAUGUUGUUCUGUGAAACAAAAUCAACGAAACAACUCGAAGUCAAAUUGAUCAUCUGUGGCAAUAAUGAUGAAACAACCCCUGGAUAUCGUAAACAAUUAUGUAAUCGAUGGAUGUAACUAUAACCUUACCAUUUAUCAGUUUUCUGUGGAUUUAUUUACAUUGCUUAUCAUAUAGUCACAUUGUAACACUUCAUUGGGUAAAGGAAAUAGUUCUUAACAACAGUAUCAUCUCAUUGAUAAAUUUGAUUUUAAAAAUGGAUACCAUGGGAACACAUGGAAUUGUCACCUUGGAAAUAGUUACCAUGGCAACAGAGUUACCAUGAAAACAGUUAUCACCUUGGAUAUAUAUAGUUACCAUAACAACAUAGCCAAACAAUGUUGUCACCUUGGAUAUAUAGUUGCCAUGACAACAUAAUCAUACAGUUGUCACCUCGGUUACCAUGGAACCAACUAUAACGUUGUCAUCUUAAAUAUACAGUCACCAUUACAACAGUGUUAAAUAUAGUUGUCACAUUACAUACCUAAAUGGUUACCAUGGCAACAUAGCCAUAAGUUAUCACCUUGGAUAAAUAGGAAUAGUUUCUAUGCCAACAGUGUAGUCUUGAAUGCAUCAAAUGUUUCAGCAAGGAUUAAGUUUGACUGGAAAGAUUAGUGUAACUUGGAAUGAGUAAAAUCAAUCAUUAUAAAAUAUAAUCUAUUUAUGGAACAACCAUCAGUCCUACCUUCACCAAUCUCAUUGUGUAUUUGCUGACUGGUUUCAUUUUGAGUGAACUGAAUUUGAGUGAUCAUAUUGUGUGUUUUUAUUUCAUAAUAUAUGGUAUUGAGCUACAUGUAGAGCUAGAUGAACUUCACCAUUUUCUUUUGCAGAAAAAUACUUUUGCAUGUGUACCACUACACCAUGAACUCAUACCAAGUUUUCAAUACAUAAUUUCUUGAUAUUUCUGAUAUUGCACCAAAGCUAAUUGUACCGUCCUUAUUACAAAUUAGUUUAAACAUAUUUUAUUGCCAAUAUACAGCAAAUGUAUUGAGCACAAGUUACAUGAACAUUAUAAAAGCCUGUUCUUAUCUUAAAUAUGAUAAGAUAUCAACAAAGAAGAAAGGAUUAACUGUCAUUGACAUAAAGUGCUACAUUUAUUAAGUAUUAGAAUCAUUAAAAUAAAUGAAUGUUCACAUUUAUCCUGCAUAUCUAACUUUGUAUAUAUCCCUCAAAUCCCUAUAAAAUUAAAAUAUCAUUUCAUCAUAACCUGACCUUUAACCUCAAGACAUUCGACUGAAACUAAUGUUACCUAUACGGAAAUCAGUGAUCUUUGAGUCAGUCACUUAAAACUGAAUGCUGAUGAUAUAUAACAAUUACCUUUGACCUUCAGUCAGUUGUAAUUAAAUGUCAUUGAUAUGUAACACUAUGACAUGACCUUUGACCUCCUACCAGUCAGCUGAAACUAAAUGCUAAUGAUAUUUAGCAACAACCUUUGACCACGAAUCAUACAGAAUAAUAAAUGACCUUUGACCUCUGGUCAUGCAGAUGAAUCUGAUUGAAUGCUAAUGGUAUAUAGCAGUGACCUUUGAACUCUAGUCAGUCUGUUGAAAGUAAACGCUAAUGAUAUAAAUAACAUUGACCUUUCAUCUCCAGUCAGACAGUUGAAAUUAAAUUCUUGAUAUAACAAUGACCUUUGACCUCCUGUCAAGCAGGUGGAACUAAAUGCUAAUGGUAUAUAACAAUGACCUUUGACCUCCUGUCAGGCAGUUGGAACUAAAAUCUUAUAGUACAACAAUGACCUUUCACCUCCAUUCAGGCAGUUGAAACUAAAUUCUUGAUAUAACAAUGACCUUUGACCAGGUGGAACUAAAUUAUAAUAGUAUAUGACAAUGGCCUUUGACCUUCAAUCAGGCAUUUGGAACUAAAUGCUCAUGGUAAAUAACAAUGACCUUUGACCUCCAGUCAGGCAGUUGGAACUAAAAUGCUAAUGAUACAUGUAUAUGACAAUGACCUUUGACCUGAAUUCAGCCAGAUGGAACUAAAUGCUUAUACAUGUAUAACAAUGACCUUUGACCAGCAUAGUUAAACAUCAAACAGUAUGUGACAUGAAUAUUUCACGGGACAUUCUGCAUAACACUAAUCACAGGAGAGAAUAUUUUUGUUUGAACAUAAAGGAAAAUUGUUUAUCAAUACUGUACCUAUUAGACAUUUCAGCAUUAUUUUAUUAUAUGAAAACUCAUUCAUGAUUCAUGAUCAAUUCUAUGAAGUUCAAGACAGUGUUGUUAUUUAAUUUUAAAUCUUUGAAGUCACAUCUUAUUAAGGUCAUGCUAAUAAACUCAAUGCAGUAUUUUAUAUGUCUUUGUAAAGGACCAUUUGGGAAUAUGUGUUGACAUUAAUAGCCAAACAUAAGAAAAGAUUUAUCAAAUUUCAUUUACCUAAACAUUCAACGCAGGUGAAUAAGUUUCUAUACAUAUAAAGGCAUGAGUGAAGUUUUCAAAUUUUUCUUCCCCGAUUCAAAACCCAAACCUGCUUUAAGUAAUGCUGAAAAUAGUGUAUUUAGAGAAAAUUACAGGAUGAUCUAUUUCAUUCAAAAUCAUUUUUUUUUUUUCAAAUUUUGUGUCUGAAAAUCCAGCAACUUGAAUAUAUUCAAUCCUCAGCCAAUGUCUGAUGUCACAUAAACAUCAAUAGUUUGGACCCGUAGGGACCUGUAACCUAUCCUUAUUUACACCAAAUACUUCACGAUUUUCCUGCAGCGAUUAAAAACCGUCUUAAGGAAUUUAUUUUUAUGGAAUGUCGAGAAGAGCAAACGCUUACACAGUAUACACAAUUGUUAGCUUAGCUGUAAGGAAAUUUUCAAUUAAAGAAAAAAUCAAUAUAGUAGUAUAAGUCGCUGUUAAUGGAGGAAGGCUUAUGUGUGUAAUCUGUACCGUUUACAAACUGAUUGCGUUUUCUUUAGUGAUAAUCUCGUCAAAAUGACACAAAAUAUUUUCUAGAAACAUUUUAUAACCAGAUCAUUUGGGCGUGGUUUUACAGUAUGGCAAGUAGAUAUAGAUUCUCAGAUGUUGGAUCAGAUUUUUAUUUUAUUUUUUUUUUUGCAGAUUUCUGCUCUGACAAUAGCUACAUGUAUAUUAUAGAUUCACAGUGUAUGUAUUGAUCGAGUACAUUUUGUGUGCAUUUUCUGGGUUUUUAUCCCUCCCUCGGGCCGAAAUUCAUCUCUGGGACUGGAUGAUGUUGACAUGAGCUCAGAAUGUGGACAUCGGACAGUAACGUUUACUGAUCACGCAAAAAGUAGGAUAGCUCUAUGAAGUCAUUCAGGGAACAAGACAAACACUACUACGCUUCUAUCAUUACUUAUAAACACAUGAGUAAGCAUUAAAUACUAACAAAAUGCCAUUGAUUUUUAGCACAUAUAAUUUGCAGACUCACUCCCCGCUUGGACACAGUACAAUUAAGUAUGAAUCACAAAUCAUGAAAAGGACAUUUACUUUCCCCUCUAUAAUAAGACAGAACUGGCAAGGGUUCUUCUCCCUUGAUAUGUUUCCAUGUGGGUUAGACCAUCUUUCUUGAUUUUUCAGGUCUCAGAUUUAAAACACAGAUUAAUACAUUUAAACCUCCUCAACUUUAAGUCGUCGGGAUUGUAAAUAAAAUUUCAGUUAUCCGAGCUUCUAGGUAGAUGUUUUGGUAUACAGUAUGUAUAAAUUCCCUUAACAGAAACACAUUAUUUGCAUGAUUUCAGUGAAUAAUUCCAGCAAAACUGAUCGCGCAUAGUGACCCUAGAAAAUUUGACAUUGUCAAAUGCUUGGGCAUGAUUAUUGUACAACUUUAAUUGUCAAAGGGCUUAAUAUGUAAGUGCUAUUUAUCAACAUCAAUAGUUUUGGAUUUUAAUAUAAACAGAUUUACAGUAACAAUAGACUGGUAUGAAUAACAAACUGAAGUGAAAACUGGAUAUGUCAUGGCCCAGAAUCGUAAACAAUUUACAGAGACCUACGAUGAGUAUUUCGCUGACACAAUUUGUUUAAAAAUAUUGGAUUAAACUUUGGGAUAACUGGUACAUUAGGUUUUAUAAUAUCAGUUUCAACAUUUUACUUUGGGAUAACCUAGGUUUUCAAAUUAUCUAAGUUCGAAUUAUCCAAGUUUUUAUCACUAAGAAACAGAAGGAUUUUGGUCAGGACUGGAGUAAUACUUUGAGUUAAACAGGGUCAUCGAGUUCGAGUUAACGAAGUUUGACUGUGCACGGUUAUUAUACAUAUUUACUCCCCAGUUAAACCUAAAGUUAAUAUGUGUACACUGAGUUAUCCUAUUUUGACAUUUGGCUCUAGGGUAUAUACAUAUAUAGGGCACUAAAUAGCAUUUUCAUUCAAAGUUGGUGAUGGGUAAAUGGUGUCCUCUCAGUUUCACAUUUUGAUGAAACUGACUAUGAUUAUAUCAAAAUACACACACAUAUAUGUAUAUGUAUGAUAUGUUAUUUAUUUGUAUUAUUGACAGGAACUUCAUUACAUUUUUGUGAGAAAGUGGUAAGAUUUUGCUGAUCUAGAUCCAAGAUCAAUAUAUUUCUCUGGACAUUCAUUAAUAAGCCAUAUUCAUAAUCAUUGUCAACCUGAAGGUAAAGUUAAUUCUUUUGUUUCAUAUUUAAGUAAACUUGAAGACGUUUAUAAAAUCAACACCAAUCACAUCGAAAAUCGAUUUGUACCCCACACGGCGAACUUGUUGCUUUUUUGUAAUAUGAAAUAAAACCAAAUAAGUUGAAAACAAAGCAAAAUGUUGCAAAAUAAAACAUGAGAUAUUUAAAUCCGAGAGAAAUUCAUCACAACACAACAGUUUUAAUGGCUCCCUUCACUAUAAAGACAAUUCUCUGCUAGCUACAUACAUGAACCUGUCAAUUCUCCGCUAGCUACAUACAUGAACCUGUUAAUUCUCCGCUAGCUACAUACAUGAACCUGUCAAUUCUCCGCUAGCUACAUACAUGUAACUGUCAAUUCUCCGCUAGCUACAUACAAGCACCUGUCAAUUCUCUGCUAGCUACAUACAUGUACCUGUCAAUUCUCCGCUAGCUACAAACAUGUACCUGUCAAUUCUCCGCUAGCUACAUACAUGUACCUGUCAAUUCUUCGCUAGCUACAUACAUGUAACUGUCAAUUCUCCGCUAGCUACAUACAAGCACCUGUCAAUUCUCUGCUAGCUACAUACAUGUACCUGUCAAUUCUCCGCUAGCUACAAACAUGUACCUGUCAAUUCUCCGCUAGCUACAUACAUGUACCUGUCAAUUCUCAGCUAGCUACAAACAUGUACUUGUCAAUUCUCCGCUAGCUACAUACAUGAACCUGUUAAUUCUCAGCUAGCUACAAACAUGUACCUGUCAAUUCUCUGUUAGAUACAUACAUGUAUCUGUCAAUUCUCUGCUACAUGCUACACACUUGUCAAUCUAGCAGACAACCAGACUAUAUCUCAAUAAUAUAAAGUACACAGCAAAUUCUAUUGAUUACAAACUUUUCUUUCAAAACUAAAAUGGGAAUGUACAAUUUGAAAUAUUUUGUUUUUUAAAUUAUCCCUUCUCCUGGACACUAAAUCACAAAAUGUACAAACCCCAUUCCGUAGAUUGCCACUUAACCGAAUAGGAAACACUCAUAAAAUGCUAUCUCCCGAGAAAAAAAAAUUCCCAUCAAACAUCUAGAUAUCAAGCAAAUUAGCAAAGAAAGGCGUAAUAAUGUUUUUACAACAAAGCAAAUGGUGGCGCAAAGAUCACUCAUGUCAAUUUCCGUGAUAAUCAGUUCAUUAUUUCCUGACUGUGUCGUACCGGUCCCCUUAAUACCCUCCGCCCCUACUGCUUUUAUAAACCUCAGAAUCAUCCUUAUUGUGUCCUCUGUAACUUUACACACGAUAUAUACCAUAACUAUAGUUAACAUAGAAUCAUUCGGUUUCUAAGGGAACAUGCCCUGACAGCGACAUGCAAGUACUUCUUAUGCAUAUUUAUUACACAUAUAUUACAUUAUGUGCAAAUUAUUUGUAUGAAUAUAACGACUACUCCAAACGUCCUGGUGGAGUCUUAAUUAGCCAAUGGCUCAAGUGUAUCAGACAAUUCCGUUGGAUAAGUAGGGGUAUAGAAAUUUACUAUGCUCAUCAUUUGAGUGAUCUGAACUCAAGAAUGUCCGAUCAUAUUCAUCUUUCAUCCUUACAUAAAACAAAUGCCACAUCAA